AAAACGGGUGUGAAGAAUUAACCUACCUAACAACUUUCUAUCAUUAGUAGUUGUAUUGUGUUACAUGAAGAAGACACCACAAUCAGAGUUUCUCAAGUCUGAUAACUUGUAUGUCAAGGAAGAGAAACUACAACGUCCGUCCCAUAAGCUGUCAGUCAGCUCUGCUGCCAGUAUCUUUUCACACAACUCGUCUAGAGAUUCAACUAGAAGACAGAGUUGUGUUAGGAAAUUGAGUGAAUGGACACUGACAAGCCAUGCUACUGCAAAAAAUCAUAGUCGUCAAAGAAGGUUCAAGAUCAACAUUCCAAAUGGUGAAAUGCUAAUAAUGGAUGGAAACCAGUCACUCAUUGUCUCGGCUGUUGAUGACCUUCAAAAAUCAUCGUUGCUUCCAACAUAUGAUGCAGACAAUGCUAUGAAAGGAACCUCUCUAUUUAGCCCAACUUUACCACAGACAGCAAUGAAGAUGAGACACAGCCUGAAUCCCAUUAACUCAAGUUCGAGGCUUCUACCACGAAGAAGCAGUUGCUUUGCUUUUCGAUCAAAGCCUGAACGAAUCAGAAAAGUCCAGGCAAAAGAAAAAUUUGUGCGAGCAGUUCAUCGAAUUCAAACAAUUAUCAGACCAUUCACAGCUACAAAACAAUUCAAUGAAAUACACAGUCACUUGAAGCACCUCCAAAUGGAGGGCAUGACAGCAUCAUCUGGAGCUGGAGAUGUCACUUUUGAUCCAUCAAGAUUCAAAGUAAAGAAAGAAAAGUUCACACCAGGCAAAGAGUUUAGAGCCAUAUUUUCAACACCUGCUGGAGAGAGAAGUUCUAGCAGUACUUCAGAGCAUUAG